AUCUCUAAACUAAACAAUAACAUGCAUUUACAUUAAGACUAACCAGUAGAGCGUGAAUGUUGAAUGUGCGAGCAAUGAAUGGUUGUGGAUUGAGUAAUAUUUUGUUGUGUAGAAAAUAUCAAGCAAGAAAUUUUAAAUUAUUCACUGAACAAAAACUUUCAUAAAUACGUCAGCUAAUUUUCAUUACGGAUCUGUGUGUAUGAAGGAUUACAUUUAAAUUUUGUAAUAGUUAAGGUAAUUUUAUUAAAAUAUAUUAUCAAAUUGCAACACAUUUUUGAUAGAAUUUUCAAAAGCUGCAGGUUUAUAAAUUAAAGGUUAACGAAAAAUCGUGUAAAAAGCAUUUUCGUCUACACUUUAAUUUUUGCAGUCUGCCUCGGAAACGCUAAAAUGUUGGAGCCACAGACGGAAAUGAAGACGCACGUCUACUACAAGAAAUACUCGGGUCACUCAAAGGGAGUGGGCAUCUGCUGGGGAUGUUUGACCCUCUGUUUCCUCAUCAUGAACAUCAUCGUUUUCACCGAACCCCAAUGGAUCGGAGACUCGGAAACCAGUCCUGGUGUUGGUUGGAUGGGAUUGUACGAAUACUGCGAGCUCUAUAACUCAGGACAGAAUGAAAUUUGCAGAGGUCAAUUUCAGGACUUCACCACUAUAUUGACUCCUGCUUUCAGGGCUUCUACAUUCUUCAUCGGAGUUUCCAUCUUAAUUAUCUUCCUCGUCAUUUUCUUGUUCAUUUUGUUCUUUUUCAAAGCCGCCUUCAAGUAUGCCUACCUUGUCUGUGGCAUCUUACAAGGAGUAUCAACCCUUUUCAUGUUUCUCGGAAACGUUAUUUACCCACACGGAUGGGACCACAUACAAGUUAAACGUUUGUGUGGAGAAAGUGCCACCAGAUUCUACAUUGGGGAAUGUACGUUUAGGUGGGCCUACAUGCUCUCCAUCAUCGCCAUGUGCUGCAUAUUCAUGAUCACUAUACUGGCCCUCCUCUUGGCGUUCAGAACAAACAAUCGUCUGAGGGACUUCGAAACAAAAUGGUUUUACAUCAAAGCCGCAAUCCGUGAUGGGAGGAUCCGCACACAAUCCCAACGCCACACUUCCUUCGCAAGCUCCCAGCGUUCAUUCAAAGAGAGUGUAUUGAGUCGACGCCACCACAUAUUUCAAUUCAUUCAAUUGUUGCUUUUGUACAUGCCCCACACCGUGACACUAUUUAUAAAAUCAUUCACCUACAAAAACGAUUCGUUAUUUGUUAUAAUAUUACGUCCAAACAAAUCAUAAUGCUAUGAUCGCAAUAGACUUAUUGUCUCUUUUCAACUUAGAAUUGACAGCUUCCGUGUAAUUAAUCUUUAAAAUAUAACGUGAUGAUUAACCAAAUGUGUUCUCUUUCAACUAACGUAAUGUGUUCUUUUGAUUUCCGCGCUUAAAAUUGUUGCUAAUUAAUUAUUUUCACGUUACUUCAAUCACUUUUGUUGAAUAUUUACGAAAUUAGCUGAUGAAAAAAAAUUUCAUUUAAUCGUCCAA